AAGAGGGUUUAUAUCUGCUGCUACAACAACCCCAGUUUACCGGCAGUUCUACCGACUAAACCGAGACAAAGCGGCCAUAUCCGUCACGUGUACUCUUCUUCGAUACCCCGGUUCCUAGACAGAUUACAAGUUGUUCGUGUUCUUUCAUUUCUUAUUCGUAGACGCCUGUGAGUGACGAUCAAUUCGAUAUAGACCAACAGACCGAGCGAUAGUGCGGCCAUGGCUACAAAUACCGGAGUCAAGCAGCCUUGGGAAGAAAAGGUAAAGAUACCGAGGAAGAUUCGCGACGACUCGGUUGCACGCGUUGAUCCUCCUCUACAAGGGUUGCCAGAUAAGCUUCCGCAAAACUCGCAGGGACUUGCUCAGGCCAUCCUGACCCCACGAGAACUCGAACUCACGGGAAAGUCUGCGAUCGAAUUGCUAGCAAAGCUACAAAGUCGAGAACUCUCAUCAGAAGAAGUUACAAGGGCCUUUCUGCGACGAGCAGCCCUGGCCCAGCACGCAACCAACUGUUUGACUGAGCUUCUCUGGGAUGAGGCUAUCGAGCGAGCACGAUACCUCGACUCUUUGCCAGAACCCCUGGGACCACUCCACGGAUUGCCCAUCAGUACCAAAGAGCACCAUGGCUCCAAGUCCAAGAAUGGGGUUGCCAACGCCUCUUACGUCGCUUGGAUCGGAAUGCCUCAAGGGUCUAUCCUGCUUUAUGACAUCUUGUAUGACGCCGGAUGUGUUUUCUUCGCCAGAACGACGCAGCCGCAAACCAUCAUGCACCUCGAGACAGAAUCCAACAUCUAUGGCAGGACGGUCAACCCUUACAAUCGGAACUUGACACCGGGAGGGAGCAGUGGAGGCGAGUCGGCUUUGAUCGGCUUUCGAGGUAGCGUGCUCGGUGUUGGGGGAGACAUCGGUGGCAGUAUUCGAUGUCCAGCUGCGCAUACUGGCAUAUAUGGUUUCAAACCAACCACGAAACGUCUUCCGUCGAGUGGUCAGAGAACUCACAUGAUUGGCAAGGAAACCAUCCACUCGACUCUGGGACCCAUGGCUACAAAUCGUGACUCGCUGGAGCUGUUCAUGAAGGUCGCCCUAGCCGCGAAACCGUGGAGACUUGAUCCUGGCCUCACUGCCAAGGUGUGGACUCCUUACCAGUUCACAAAGCCUUUGAAGAUUGCUGUACAGUGGUGGGACGGUGUUGUCAAGCCCCAUCCACCAAUGAUACGGGCCUUGAAGGAAGUAUCCGAAGCGUGCAAGGCUGCAGGUAUGGAAGUGGUCGAGUGGGACUGCACGAAAUUAGACCAUAAGAAAAAUUGGGAAAUCACUGCAGGUCUCUACUGGCCUGACGGAGGAGCUGAGACUCUUGGUAGGAUAGAGGAGGCCGGCGAACCAAUACUGCCUCUAACCAAGUUCAUCAUCCAUGAACAACCGGCGGCGAAGAACUACAACAUGCAUGAAUUGUGGAAGCUUGUUGCUGAAAGAGACGCAUACCGAGAGCGGUACGCGCGUGCUUGGACAGAGACAGGUAAAGACGAUGGCCGAGAGGUAGAUGUCAUCCUCUGCCCACCUUCCUUUGGCGCAGCAACUCCUCACGAACAGUCGCGAUACUGGGGUUAUACUUCUACCUGGAAUCUAUUAGACUACCCCGGUGCCGUGUUCCCAGUGACCACCGUUGACCAGGAAAAGGACAAAAAGGAUCUUGACUACGUGCCCAAGAACGCAGAGGAUAAAUUUGUGUACGAGAUGUACUCACCGGAGAAGUACUUGGACGCACCGGUCAGUCUGCAGAUCAUUGGAAGAAGAAGCUAUGAUGAGAAGGUCCUUGCCGCACUGGUAGAGAUCGAGAAGGCUCUGGGUAGAAAAUAGGGGGGAAAUGGACGCACUCCGUACCUAAAGUAUUAGAAGGUGGUACUCGGUAUGGGGCAUCCAUCCUCAGGCAUACACCCAGCCAUGAUGUUUAGGCAUUAAUGUCUUGCUGGCUGAGCAGAUCGCUCUCAAAUUGCUUAAAGAGGAAGGCUAGGUUACCAUUUUCAGUAGGCCCA